AUGAAAAGCUCACAUGAGGAAAACAAAAUUCAGAGAUUCAUAUCUUUAACUGAGUGCACACCUAAAUUGGCCAAAAAAUAUUUACAAAGGAAUCAAUGGCAAAUUGAUUAUGCACUGAAUGAUUUUUAUGAUUCAGAAUUGGGCGGAUUUGUCGACACCAUACCAAAGGAUGUCAAAUAUCCUCAAGAGUUGAUAGAUAUGUUUAAUAAAUAUUCACCAAAUGGAGAUGAAAUCGACAUUGAAGGUGUGAUGGCAUUUAUUACUGAUUUGGGACUGAAACUUGAAGAUAUAGUAACAAUAUGUUUGGCCAAGUUACUUGAUUGGAAUAAAUUGACUGAUCCAAUUACUAAGGACCAGUUUUUAUCUAAUUGGUAUGUGCAAGGAUGUUCACGCAUAGACGAAAUGAAAAUAGUAAUGCAAGAUUUGAAGAAUAAAUUAGUUUCUGAUUCAAAGUAUCUUGCUGAGAUAUAUAAUUAUACAUUUGAUUUGAUUAUUGACGAUGAUGCAAAAAUGUUGGAUCUUAAUACUGCAAUUGAAUAUUGGAAAUUAUAUUUUUGUCAGGAUUUAGAGAGAAAUGCUGUACUAAAGAUAGAUCCAAAAUUAUUUGCCGACUGGGUGAUAUUCUUGGAGACAGAAAAUCAAAAUGAUAUCACCAAAGAUUGCUGGAUGAUGCUCUUGGAAUUCUUUAAAAGAUAUCCUACUGUUGAUUCAGUUGCAGAAGACUAUGAUGAGAAUGAUCCUUGGCCAUACAUAUUUGACGAAUUUUAUGAAUACCUUCAAGAAACAAAAGGAAUAUAG